AUGUCUUUCCCCGAGGGGUCUAUAUCACUCUGCACAUCUCAGUGCUUCCCAACCCCCGUGGUCCCCAACGCCCAAUUUCUAUCCAUCAACUCAUUCCUAGUAACCAAUUUCUCUGGAUCGGCACCAUCAUCCCAAACAUUCAACCACCCGACCAUCAAUUUCACAAAUAUCUCAAUAUGCAACAUCACAAUCGAGUACACCCACCCUGGACACAACGAUCUAAUCACCGUCAUGACAUGGCUCCCAUUCGGAUCCUGGAACGGUCGCUUCCAAGCCGUCGGCGGCGCCAGUGCUUCCGCCGGGUUGAACAGUAUCUCGCACUAUGAAAUGUACGCUGCAGUCGGACAGGGGUAUGCUACUAUCAGCACCAAUGCAGGACAGGUCAACAAUACCCGGGACUUCAGUGGCUGGGCACUAGAUGAGAAUGGGGAACCCAGUAUCAACAUCCUCAAAAAUCUAGCGUCCGUCUCGCUCGGUGAUGAAGCUUUGAUUGGAAAGAAUCUUAUCAAUAGCUUUUAUGGGCAAGCCCCGUUGUACUCGUACUUCAGCGGGUGCUCUCAGGGUGGUCGUCAGGGGUUAAUGUUGGCACAGAGAUAUCCGGAUUUAUACGAUGGUAUUGUCGCUUCUGCGACGGAUAUUAAUUGGGGGCAUCUCAUCCCUUCUCGGGUGUGGCCACAGGUGGUUAUGAAUAAUUUGAAGGAAUACCCCGAGGGCUGUGAGCUAGAUUACCUCGGCGAGGCGGCGAUCUCAGCUUGCGACGAAUUGGACGGUGUCAAAGACCGGAUUAUCUCUGCCAUGGACAAAUGCGUAUUCGAUCCGUUUUCGCACGUCGGUCAACAAUUCAAUUGCUCAUCUACUGGAACUAUCCGAACUCUCAGCAGUGCAGCAGCUAAAGUGGCAAAUGCAACAUGGACGGGCCCUCGGGAUGAAGAUGGGGAAUUCAUUUGGUAUGGGCUGAACUACGGCGCUGAUAUCUCGGGUGAUCUCACUGGCAGGGAUGCCAAUGCCGUCACAAAGUGUAUCCCCAAUGGCACUUGUGUCGGGGAACCCCUCGCCCUAGGGGCUCAAUGGCUUCAAUAUUUCGCCAGUGAGAACGAUCCUUCGUUUGACUUUGAAGCAAUGACGAUUCCCGAGUUCGUUAAGCUGGUUGAUAUCUCGGCCGCCAAGUAUGGGCCAAUUAUUGGCACCGAUGAUCCAGAUCUAUCUGCUUUUAAAAAGGCUGGUGGCAAGAUUAUGGGUUAUCAUGGAUUGUCCGAUCCAACAAUUCCCACAGCAGGCUCUGAAGACUACUAUAAAAGAGUAACCACGCUGAUCCCGGACAUCCAUGACUUUUACCGUCUCUACGAAGUCCCAGGCUUGGGACACUGCGGUGGACAUACCACCAACCAACCACUGAGCAUAUUCGAUGCUUUGCGAGACUGGGUCGAAAAUGAUAUCAAGCCAGAUUCGCUCCCUAUCUCUUUCUCUGUGGAUGGAGAGUCAUGGACGAGACCUGUUUGUCCCUACCCGAAAAGUGCUAUCUACGACGGGGUGGGCAGUCCAUCUGUGCCAACGAGCUAUGCGUGCGCAUGA